AAUUUCAAGCUUAUCUUGAGUGCCUCUUAUGCAUUUUUGUUGUGAUAGUGGGUGUUCUAGGUUAAAUGAACAUAUUUUAAUCUAAAAUCAAUGCAAAACCCAAGUCUAUGCCAUAAAAAAAAUCAAUGCAAUGUCAAAAAUUUCACAGUAAUUGAUUUGACGAUGAUUUCCUUGGGAGAUCCAAUCGCUUCAAACGCUGUCCUGUCAGCCCUUCAGAUCAACAGCCGCGACAAAAUCAUCUCCAUCAAAGAAAAAGCCAACGCCGACUCCAACUUCGUCAUCACGCACAUCAUCAAACAGAUCAUCCACGAGAAGAACCGUUUGUGUCUGGUAAACUUCCACAAUCCCAUCGAACACUACCAGAGUAUCGGCAAAAAGUUGGGCUAUGAUCUGCUGAAAGCUGUAGAUGAUGGUUUAGUAAAGGUUAUAGAACCUAUCAAAGACAUUGUUGAGAAUAUUGGCUGUGAAGAUAGUUAUUUACAAGAAAAUAAGGAAAACAUAGUUAAAGACUUAUAUUUUAAUAUAAAAGAUUGCGUGAAUGCAUUGAAAACAGACGGUAAAGUAGUGUAUCUGUUAAUAGACGAUUUGAGCCAUUUACACGACUUAGAUAUAGAUAUUAAGCACACAUUAUUAUUCGUACACUAUUGCAUAAGCCUUACAGACCGUGAUGACGUUUGUUUCAUCCUGAAUAAUCACGUUUCCACACAUACAGACAAUAUUAUUUCAAAAAACUUGGAUUAUGUCGCAGAUGUCAACGUCAAAGUGUCUUCACUGAAGACUGGAAAGUCUCAGGAUGUCACUGGGUAUCUGAACGUGAGAAGAGGUAACGAUCUCAGCUGUUACCACUACAAAGCCUUUGAUAGGGGCAUCAAAACGUUCCGACCUGGAGAGUCUAUUCAUCAUUUAUAUAAAUAACUUUUAGAAGUAAUGUUUGGAAUGAGAGCUUGCGCAGCAAACUGCAAAAAGUAUGAGACUUUAUCGUUCUAAUUGUUUUGUCAGAUUUAACCUUCUUUAUUGACAGUCUCAUCCACUUCAAUUUUAAAUUUAAAUCAUAUUCGUCUUUACAUUAUAUCCUCACAUUCUGUCCAUUCUUUUGUACUAGAUUUGUUUGAUUUACAACAUUUUUUUUGUUCUAUGUUGAUUUCUGGUCUACUGGUAUAAUAACACCAAUUUUAUACGAUUUAUCCUCUAUACAUAGCAGUAGUUCUGAGUAAUUUCUUAUGGAAAUUAACACGAAAAACGGUAAGGUCUAAAGUUACAGCUUCAAAAGAAACCUUUCACAGUUCUUUAAUUAUUCACCAUCGUUACCAGUCUAUAGGACUUUUCAGCGCGUCUUAUUUGUUUCGAGCUUCUGUCAUAUGUUGUAUAAUCCGUGUAUAAUAUUAAUAUACGACAUAUGACGGAAGCUCGAAACAAAUGAGAAGCAUUGAAAAGUCCUAUUUACUGUGACGUGAAAUUUGCUAUAUUUUACGUGAACUUAACGUAGGACGUCAUAUUUCACCUACUAUAUGAAGUUUCACAUAAAAUAUCACGUUUUACUUCAUAUUUUAACGUAGAAUGUCACUUUCACCUCAUAUUAAUAACUUAAAAUCAUAGAGUAUAUAUUAACAUAGAGUGACCCUACCUUCCGCGCUUCCUGUCGACAAGAUCUCAUGGACUGGUUUGCGGCAUCUCUUUCUAAUAGGGCUUUUCAUCGAUUGUCAUUUGUUUCGAGCUUCUGUCAUGUGUCACAUAAUAUUAAUAUAUCUACGCCAUACGUCUUUGGUUUGUAUCAUUGUUAUAUACCAAUAACGUAUGACGUAGAUAUAUUAAUAUUAUGUGACACAUGACAGAAGAUCGAAACAAAUGACUGUGAAUGAAAAGCCCUAUACAUUGUAUCGAGAAACUAAGAUGAGAUUAAGUGUGAGUAUAGGCACGGAAGGGGAGGACUACUGUCGCAGCUUUACAAUGCCUAAGAGUGAGACAGCACUGAUCCAAAGAAAAAAGAUGGUGUCGUCACUUCGCUCUGAAUAACACUCUCUCUAUGAUAAUAUAUAACUCUAUGCUUAAAAUGUCACAUUCCACACAACAUAACUCGUUUCAUGGUACAUUUUAACGUAAAACGACACGUUUAAUGUCAUCUGUCAAUUCAAAUGUUAUUUUCCACAUAAAAUAGCUCCUUCCACGUUCAUUUUUACUUAAAGUAAUAGAGAGAUAUUGCAAAUUUAACACAGCCUACAUUGCCCUAUUUACACCGCGUUAUUUUGACAGAAUUGACAUUUUUCAGACGUUUCAUAAAAACAGAUAUUGCUCAACAUUUUGGUUGCGGUAUUUUUACGGUUCGAUUAAUAGUUGUUUUUCGAAUUUGUAUACAAUUUAAAAUGGAUCAAGACUUAUAAGCUCUCUUUUUCAUCAUCACGUAGCGCUACAACACUGGGUGGGCCCUGGCUGACUGUACAACUUUCUUCCCAUUUUUUUCGGUCUUCCAUCAACAUCUCUUCGAUUUCUUUACAAAUCUCUCGUUAUGAAGUCUGUGCACGUGGCCUGCCCAUCUUAGUCGCUGUGAUUUAAUUUCUUGGAAAAUUCCACACCUGUAAUUUUGAACCAAUCAAAAUACGUUAUUUUGACAGAUCACCAUGGCAACGGAGGUAUUUUAUCGGAAAUUUUUUGCUCGUGGGGUACCCAACAGCGAAUUAUAGUGGAAAUUUUUGACGUUUACAAUAACAGAACAUUUUUGACAGACUGGUUUUUAUUUGUUUACAUAAUUUAAAAUAAAACGCCAAAAAAUAAUUUUCUAUCACUUGUAGUUACUCAAAACUUAUGUAAAAUUGAAGAAUAUACUAUUUUCUAUCUUGAAAUGGUAUUCCUAUGCAACUACAAUGAGUAGAAAUUACGAAUUUGAAAACCUAAAUAAUUGCUGACAAAGCUAUGGCGCGCUAUUAAUCUGUUCAUGCAGCUUUGGAUUUUCAAAUGCAAAUUUGGUGUGGAAUUUUCUUACCGAAUACCACGCGAAGUCAAAUUAAUACCCGGAAAUUUUUUGACCUCUAGUGGUAUUACUAGUGACAAUACUAAUAUACUAUUAUAGCUCACAUUUUGGUGAAUGCUAAUAAUGAAGACAUCGAGUUUAUUAUUUUGCAUAACCUUCUGGGAGAUAAACAUAAUAUAUUACAUGCUCAAAAUCAAGAACUUGAUGUAGAUUGUAGAUGGAAGGAAGGUUUGGAUUUUCUUUCAAAUAUCGAGCAAGAAAAACAAAUGAUCCUUGAGUGUUCUUAUAAUAAACGAUUUUCCUGUUGCACUUUUCAUGUUUUCCUGAACUAACGUCCAAUUUUCUGGAUAGGUGAUUUGAUUUUGACCUAAAACUUGUUUAAAUAAACACAAAUCGUCAUCAGGCGUAAAUUUGACUCAUUUACUACUGUCUGAGGUAUUCAUUUUAGAAAAUUAUUACAAAUAAACUUGGUUUAAAUGAAAUACGAACAACAAACGUAACCUAAGAAAGAAAAUAGCGCAACGAAUACCGCACAGCGCAACGGCUCCCCUAUUAACGGCAGGCCGUGUUUCCAAUAACGCAGUGUAAGCCAAAUAUCACAUCUGCGCAUGCUCUACUGUCAAAAUAACGCGUGCUGUAAUCAUACAUAUAAUAACCUGUAGAUUAGGCUAGCUAUGGGCCGCUCUGUGCAUCGAGGUGUAACGCCGAUAUCAAGGACACCAUUGAUCAAUAUUCAUUUUGAGUGGUCUAGCCAUCUUUGUCCGUCAUAGAGCGGUAUCGCUUAGUAAAAAGAGAUAGAUAGACCACCGAUCGACUACCGCGCGUUACGCUUUUUUGCUCAGUUUGCCUUGUCUACGGUGAACGUGUCUCUGGAUGUAAUACCGCAAGUGCAAAAGUGACUCUGCAAUAUCUCUUUACUGUCACAUUUCACGUAAAGGUGACGUUAAACUUUAUAUUUUACUAAAUUUUACGUUUUAUAUAUCACAUUACACUUAAAAUGGCAUCUUUCCCGUCACAUUCUGACGUAAAAUGUCAUAUUUCACUUAAAAUUCAUGUGUAACUUUUACUUAAAAUUUGAUAAUUUACGCUGAUUAUAGUUUUUACACAUAUAAUGUAAAAAAAUCAAUUCCGGGAGUGAGGGCGGUUUGACUAUCGUAUCGGGGGUUUCUGUUACUAUUAUGGACCUUGGCAUUUUUCCCUGAUCGCUUCCAUAAGGACUGGCUUACAUACUUAUGUUUUAUUAACGUUUCUAUUGUAAUAGGGUGUACCAGGCAUAAAACUCUAUAAGAGAGUGAACACUUACGUUGAAUGCUUCGACAAAUUGUACUCUACAUAUAUUUUUUGGUUCCUUUUUGAACAAUCGAAAAAGAACCUCGUUUUAGACUUCUAGUCUCUUCAAAUCAAAUCCCCUGGUAAUGGAGAUAUCUAUCUCUGGAGUGUACAAAUUGGUCACCCUGUACAAAUUUUACUCAAAUUCAAGUGCCUCGUGAAAAAGUUCUUCUCUCGAUUGAACCCCAGUAUACUUUUUUUAUUGUACUCGUUGAAAAAGGCUACAAAUAUAUAGACAAAAGCAAAACUAUGUUACAAAAUUUCUUAAGAAUAUUUUUAUAUAACCUGUUGUGCUUAGAUAUUUUAUAAUAGUGUCUUUUUACACAAGUAGCAUGAUGCUUAGACUGAUAGUAACUGUCUUGUUCCACUUUUGCUCGCUUAGCUUAGCCGCGAGGCUUCAUCAAACAGCGGAUGGGAGUGGCUUGUAUCGUUGGUUACCAACCUUCUCCUUUGAGUAGUACCAUCUGCGUUACCGAAUGAGAAGGAAGGUACACAAGUUAAAAUGCACAACUAAAACUAAAAUAAACAAAAUGAAAGACUUGUGAACUGUUUACAACGCUCUCAUACGUUAAGUCGGGAUCUCACGGAAUGUGGCAUGUCGUUCUUUGCCAGUUUCGCCAGAAAAUUCCGUCGGGACAUUCCGAUGGACCUUGUCCCCUCGAGUAUCGCGUGUACGCCACCAGUGUUGGCCGUAGAAAUUCUAGUAAGUUGGUUAAUUCGUACGAUAUAAAAAUUCCAACACAACGUCGUUAGACCACUCCAUAGUAUAAUUACUGGCACUGAUCGUACCAGCCCAUAGCCGCAUUGAGGGGGUAAGGACCUACUGUGUAUCAGCUUUUGACUGGCUUUGAACUAUGUUGAUUUACCGACAAAUGAUGGGAGUUCCCGCCGACCAUAAAGCGAGGGUUCUGUCGUAGCCCACGAAUCAUAAAUCACAAAUUUUGACGGAAAGAACGGUAUUUCACGUUGUGUUGAUUAUCGUCUUCAGUUUUUAUCUUUUUCUAUUGCAUAUUUUCUAUAUCUCUUCGCCAACUGUUAUCUGGUGGUUUCGUGAGAUCCCGACUUUACAGGUCUCACUCGCUGUAUGACCAAUCCUCUGCUUUAGCAAAGACCACAAAUUCUGCUCCUUUUACUAGAAUAACAAAUUACGUUUUAGAUUUUUUGUAACAGAUUUUGCUGUAGAUUUUUUAUUAAUAUUUUACACAAUUAUUAUUGUUAAUAUUGUUCAGUAGGUUUUAGAUUGUUAAAUGAUUUGAUAUUGUUUUAAAUAUCUUUAGCUGUAUUUUCUUUCGGUUAUUUUCAUUUUUAUUUUGUUAUGUUAAUUGAGCUAAUUGACUAAUAUAGGCCAGUUUUGUUGUAAAUAUAUAAAGAAAUUUUUAAAUUUGUUUAAAAUUUUUAAUACGAGUUGAAUAUGACUUUUUUGUUGAAAUUAUUUUGCUGGCCUAUGUUAUUCAUCUUAACAUUAUAAAUAAAAAAUAUAAACAAA